AUGAAGACCCCGACACCUCCAGCUGUAUCUGAGGAGUUGGAUAUUCCUAAGCCAGCCCCUGGAGAAAAUGUCUAUCCUAUAUAUUCACAAGGUGUAAUUUGUGGCUACAUUCACUCUGGUGGCAACCAAAAAACACAUAAAAUAUUCUUGAAUGGAGAGAAUCAAACCAGUUCGACUGAGAAUAAGUGCACAAAGCUGAAAACUAACGACUCCGAGAAGAAAUCAUGCCCAGCCAAAUUUUCCCAAAAGAUAGCAGCUAAGCGUACAUCAACACAGUCUAGAUGUUUCGAAAUGGCUGGGAAAAGUUUGCAGAGAGACAAAAAAAUAAAAGACAAUCAAUCAACAAUUACACAUUUUUUCUCCAAAAAGACAGCAACACAUGAUCAAAAUUCUCCUAACCAACAAACUGACCCUACCAAACAAGAAAUACAAAUCAAAUCCAGUUAUUUUUCUCCUCAACAAAAACAAAAUUCUACAAACUAUCCAUUAAGAAAUUUAUGCAAACGCCGUUUAAGUUUGAGAAAAUUUCAAGAUCCAAAUAUGAUAACUGAUUUAAAAUGUGCAUCAAAUUCAGAAAAGAUAUGUGAAAAGAAAGCUGAGGAAAUUGAUAAUAAGAAAGAUUAUCCCAAAAAAGUAAAGUUAAAUAGAAAAGGGGAAAGUUCAGUGGAUGAAGAUGUAGAAACCAUCAGAGAAGAUGGAGAAGUUGAUGAAAAUAAAGAAAAAGUCUUUCAUAUGCCUUAUUAUUUGGAGAAUUUCAAAAUGAUAAUCUCACAAGUGCUUCAAGAUGAAGAAUAUGAUUCCCUUAUUGACAAUGAGGAUAGAGAUAUUGUCAAAAAAUUUCAUUUACUUUCAGAAUGUAGUCAAAAGUUGUAUGUACGCCUGUUUGCACGAAAGUUAACCUGGCGAAUGCAGUCCAAAGUGAAGUAUCCACAAAUUGCUGAAGACUUGUCCAGUUAUUUGAAAGAACUUGUUGAUGUUGGAUUUGGAAUGUCAGAAAAACACUUGACUGAUUUGCCUGAAGUGCUUGCGUUAUUGCCUGUGGCUGAGCUGAAAACGGUUGCAAAAUCUUUCCAUUACAAUUGCAUCAAUUUUACAAAGUCACAAAUUGCAGAUCUUUUAAUAAAUCACAUCAAAAAGGCAUCCACAAGUUCGAUGUUUUUUGCUUUAAAUGGACAGAAACAAGCAGAAAUGGCUAUGAUUGACAGGUCUAAAAAGCUCUUAGGUCCUUGUUUCAAGUUAGUAGAAUCUGUACGAGUUAUAUUUCUGAGAUUUUUGGCAUUGUUUUCUUUGAGCAACACCACAAUUGAUGAAGACACUGCGGACAGUAUUUCUGGCAAAUUAUUUCAGAUGUUACAAGUGAAUCUUGGUAAUGUUGUAUUUCCUCAAUAUACAGUCUUUAAAAAGACCAAGAUUUUUCGACAGAAAGCAGAUUUCGUCAAAUAUACAGAUGUAAUCUUGUUGGAGAGUGAAUUGUUUUCAAAAAUGGAAAAGAAAGAUUGGUCAGCAGCAUUUGAUGUCUAUGUCCGAGCCAAGAAGAUUUAUGAUGAAAACACUGGAGAUUCUGAUUUGACUCAGUGGGACAAGAAUUUACCAUUAUUUUUGCGUCACUGCACCAGUGGCUAUGUAUUUGCUCGGAUUCUCUUCCAAGGUGUCGAACUGCUUCAGAGGCAGAGGAAUUACAAAGAAGCCUGCCAUGUUCUUCAAGGUUUACUUUCUCAAGAUGUCUAUGCUUGUCUUCAUCGAGGUCGAUGGUAUGAAAGAUUAACACUUAAUCUUGAUCAACAUCUUAAAUGCCCAGGAAAGGCUCUGGAUGUAAUCGAAAAAGCUUUUCAGGAUCCUUGGGUGUCUCCCAGUUACAGACUUUCUUUGUUUUUACGAGCAGAGAAAAUUGGCAAGGCUCCCAAUUCCAAAUGGCACAGGAGAUUUGUCAAAAUGGAACAAAUCUUGGUACAAAAACCACCUGAGGUGAUUAUCACAGGCAAAACACUUCCUCAUUCUCUCCCAGGUAUUAAAUAUCAGUUCAUGACAGAAGAAACAGAAGGAGAAGUCACUUUGUGUAAUGUUGAACAAUUGGUGCUCAGACAUUAUAAAAACAGUGGAUAUCCAAAGGGUAUUCAUGCAGAGGGGUCAAUUGUCAGCACCCUGUUUUUCCUUUUCUUUUGGGAAAUCAUUUUCAUGGCUGUUCCUGAUGUCUUUCGAUGCACCUUCCAAACUUGUCCACUUGACAUGAUGUCUAGUGAGUUCUACACAAACAGAAAAAAACUUGUCGAUGAUCGUCUACAACAGAUUUCUUUAGCUUCUAUACAAGAAUUAUGGGAUAUAAUGGCUGUGACUUGGAACACUUACUUUGGUGUUAAUUGCCAUAUUAAUUGGAAUAAUUGGACAUCGCUUGAAGAAAUUCAGGGUCUUGUGAGUUGCAUUGGAGGAGAAAUUUUGGCUGGAAUUCUGGAAAGGUAUGCUAAGAAUCCUCGUCAAACAAGAAGUGGUUUUCCUGAUUUGACUCUUUGGAAUGUGGAAACCAAACAGUUCAAGAUAUCUGAAGUGAAAGGUCCUGGGGAUCGACUGUCCACAAAACAAAUGCUUUGGAUUGAUCACCUUCUUCAAAUUGGGGUGGAUGCAGAAGUUUGUCAUAUCAAACCCAUUGGUGCCAAGAAACUCCAAAGUGAAGGAAUAAAAUAA